ACUAUAUAUUCUGUACUAUACUUAAGCUUAUACUAGUAUUUCAAAGAACUAUUAUGCUUCUACCUCGCUUAUGCAGCUACUGCAGACAUCAAACUCUGCUAUUGAAACAUGCUCGGGCUGCAUCGACUGCUUCCUCAGCUGCAUCUGCCUCCAAAAUCCGUAAUAUAGGCAUCAUUGCUCACAUUGAUGCUGGCAAAACAACAACCACAGAGCGUAUGCUCUUCUACAGUGGCUUUAUCCCCAGAAUAGGUGAUGUCGACGAAGGCAACACCGUUAUGGACUACCUCCCUGCUGAACGGGAGAGGGGCAUCACAAUUCAGUCUGCUGCCAUCACAUUCCCAUGGCAAGACCAUAAAUUCAAUCUCAUCGAUACACCGGGACACGCAGACUUCACCUUUGAGGUGGAACGCUCAUUGCGUGUACUCGACGGUGCCAUUACAAUCCUAGACGCCGUCGCGGGUGUGGAAGCACAAACUGAAAAGGUAUGGAGACAAGCCAACAAGAGGCAAAUUCCACGACUUGUCUUUGUCAAUAAGAUGGAUCGAACAGGUGCUGGCUUUGGUCGAACCAUUCGAGAAGUCGGCUCAAAGCUUGCUGCUCGGCCAUUGGUCAUGCAGCUGCCCAUCUUUGAGCAAGGCACUGAUCAAGGCGAUUUCAUCGGAGUCGUCGAUUUAGUGAAGCUAGAGUGCUUGGUCUGGCCCAAAGACUCGGAUGGUCGGCAAGUCGCCAUCACGCCCCUCGAUCAAUAUGCGAAUGACGCUCUACGCCGGGAGGCGCAUCAAGCACGCACUGCCAUGGUAGAUUUACUCUCAGAGCUAGAUGAGCCAGUCUUUGACGCCUUCAUGGAAAGCGAGGAUGUCCUGACCAUCUCGGCACAGGUCUUGCAGGCUGCAAUCAAACGGCAUUGCCUCGAAGGCAACCUAGUACCUGCCUUUGCAGGGGCUUCCUUCAGGAAUAUCGGCGUGCAACCGCUACUCAACGCAGUCAUUGACUACUUACCAAGUCCAGACGAACGACCAAAGGCCUUGGUUGUGGUCAAGGGAAACGAACGCGCUUUGGUCAAUGAUGACCCUCCCUGUGCCCUUGCCUUUAAAGUCAUCAUCGAUGCUCAACGAGGUCCAAUGGUCUUCGUGCGUGUAUACUCAGGUACCAUCGCGCGAGGAACCAUGCUCCUCAACACGACCACCAAAAGUCGAGAACGCGCGUUGAAAGUGCUUCAGAUGUAUGCCGACGAGGCGCAAGAAGCUGAAACAGUCAGUGCUGGCAACAUUGCAGUCAUUCUCGGCUUGAAGGACACUCGGACGGGUGAUACACUGGUUUCAACAAAGGACAGCAAGACAGACUUUCAUUUGCAGCCUAUUGAUGUGCCGCCACCAGUCUUCAUGGCCACAUUGGAAGCGACGACAGCUUCAGAGACAAAGGCCUUGACUGCUGCGCUCGACAAUCUCUUGCGUGAAGAUCCUAGUCUGCGCGUCACGCAUGACGAAGACACUGCUCAAACGCUCCUCAGCGGCAUGGGAGAACUACACCUUGAAAUUGCAGCAAACCGAUUAGUCAAUGAGUUUAAAGCUCGUGCUACGGUAGGCAAGCUGCGAAUCGGCUAUCGUGAAACUGUGAUUCGCGUUGCUACUAAAAGCGACUUUUGUGAACGUAUCGUCAAUGGCAAGCGCGGCGCUGUACAAAUGACAAUACAGCUGGAACCCCUUCCUGAAGACUACAUGCCUGGGAAGCAUGAAGUUCUCGUGGAUGGCAAUGUCGUCGCAGUCAAGUUACCGUCAAGCAAGACAGAAUUUAGCAAGGAAGAAGCACUCUUGGCGUGUCAAAACGGAGCAGACAUUGUCCUUGCCCGGGGUUUGAUUCUUGGCUACCCCUUGCAUGGCACUAAGAUGACCAUCACUGUACCAGAGUACGACCCCGACACUACACUUGCCAGUCUCGUGUAUGCCUCUCGAUCUAUUGGUAUGGCAACUCUCCAAGAACUGGGCCAAGAUGGCAUGGCGAUGCUUGAACCCAUCAUGUCAGUGGCAAUCUCGGUCGAGGAGAGUGUACUGGGCCAAGUCAUGAACGACCUAUCUGGCACUCGAGGUGGGCAUGUGCUUGCAUUGGAUGGCGUACAGAACGAAGACGUGCCAGAGCAAAAAUCAUUCUACAGCCCACCCGAUGCAACAAUGCGGAGUGGGUCUGCGAGUAGCCAGAGCCAGUUGCGUACGAUGCAGGCCAAAGUGCCACUUCGAGAAAUGGUGGGCUACUCACGGGCCUUGCGAAGUUUGACUGGUGGCCGCGGCGUCUUCGUCAUGGCAGUGGACAAAUUUGAAAGGAUGAGUAAAGAAAGGGUCAGGACUAUUGACGCGUGGUAGCUCGAUGCACUACUUUUUGAGGAACUCGUAGAACGCCGUGCUCUCAAUCUGAACAUUGCCAAA